AUGCUGAAAUUUUUUAACGUUUCCGACAUAAAUCAAAGAUGCGCAAGAGCUGUUUGUGGAUAUGCUUCAACCAGAUUUCACAACAUAAUCAGGAGCUACAGCAUACAUGUCAGACGUAAUGAAACGUUGUAUCUUCUCCUUCAAAGUUGUCAAAGUUCGUCUGGGUUUAAACCCAAUUACCAAGUAUUAUCAGCCAUUCUCAAAUCCUGUGCUGCCCUCUUAGCUAUCAACUUUGGGAAAGCUCUUCAUGGUUAUGUUGUCAAACAAGGCCAUCUUUCCUGUCACUCUAUCUCUAAAGCACUGCUUAACAUGUAUGCCAAAUGUGCUGCAUUGGGUGACUGCAAAACACUUUUUGGUCAAAUGGGUUACUCGGAUCCUGUCAUUUGGAACAUUGUCUUAUCUGGGUUUUCUGCAUCUCGAAAUUAUGAUGCUGAGGUAAUGAGGUUGUUUCAUGAAAUGCGUCUAGAUGGGAAGGCUAAACCCACUUCUGUUACCAUUGCUAUCUUUCUACCUGUGUGUGCUCGGUUAGGAGAUUUGCAUGCAGGGAAGAGCGUGCACUCUUAUGUGAUGAAGUCUGGAUUGGAAAAAGAUGUCCUUGUUGGAAAUGCUCUUAUAUCAAUGUAUUCAAAAUGUGGGCUAGUUUCUGGUGAUGCCUAUGCUGUGUUUAAUAGCAUUACUGACAAAGAUGUCGUUUCAUGGAAUGCAAUAAUUGCAGGGUUUGCAGAAAAUAGUUUCAUAAAUGAUGCAUACAAGUUAUUCAGUUGGAUGCUCAAAGGACCAGUGGAACCAAAUUAUGCAACUAUUGCAAAUAUUCUGGCCGUUUGUGCUUCUUUAGAUAAAGACGUUGCCUACUGCUCUGGGAGAGAGAUCCAUUGUUAUGUGCUGCGCCGGAAUGAAUUGGCAGCAGAUGUUUCGGUGUGCAAUGCUUUGGUAAGUUUCUAUUUACAACUUGGACGAAUGCAAGAAGCAGAAUCCUUGUUCCACAGGAUGAAAUCAAGAGAUUUGGUUUCAUGGAAUGCAAUUAUUGCAGGAUAUGCAUCAAAUCGUGAGUGGUCAAAAGCAUUGGAGUUGUUUGGAAAAUUACUCGCUCUGCAGAUGAUCAGGCCGGAUUCUGUAAGUGUAGUCAGCAUUCUUCCUGCUUGUGCACAUUUACAAAACUUGGAGGUGGGGAAAAAGAUCCAUGGGUGCAUUCUUCGACAUCCUAGCCUAUUUGAGGCAACAGCGGUUGGAAAUGCCAUGGUUAGUUUUUAUUCAAAAUGCUACAAAAUAGAAGCAGCUUUCAAGACUUUUUUGAUGAUUUUGAGGAGAGAUUUGAUAUCAUGGAACACCAUGCUAGUUGCCUUCGCAGAGAUUGGGCAUAGUACAGAGUUCCUCAACCUAUUAGAUGAUAUGCUAAGGGACGGCAUGAGGCCUGACCAUAUAACCAUCUUGACCAUAAUACAAUUUUGUGCUGCAAUUUCGAGAGUAGGAAAGGUUAAAGAAAUUCAUAGCUACUCAAUUAGGGCUGGGUUUUUGUGUAAUGAUAUUGAGCCUACUAUUGCAAAUGCAAUCCUGGAUGCAUAUGCCAAAUGUGGUAACAUGAAGUAUGCAUUCAACAUUUUUCAGAGUUUAUUGGGUAAAAGGAAUUUGGUUACUUGCAAUUCAAUGAUUUCAGCUUAUGUAAAUUGUGGGUCACACGAUGAUGCAUAUAUCAUAUUUAACAGCAUGUCUGAAACAGAUCUCACCACUUGGAAUCUAAUGGUUCGAGCUUAUGCUGAAAAUGAUUGUCCUGCUCAAGCUCUCAGCCUGUUCCUUGAGUUACAAGCUCAAGGAAUGAAGCCUGAUGCGAUGACCAUUAUGAGCCUCCUUCCUGUAUCUGCUCAAAUGGCCUCAGUCCACCUGCUGAGCCAGUGUCAUGGAUAUGUGGUGAGAGCAUGUCUUGAUGACUUGUGCUUGAAGGGAGCUCUGUUAGAUAUGUAUGCAAAAUGUGGUUCCAUAGUAUGUGCUUAUAAGCUUUUCCAGUCAAGCCUGCACAAGGAUCUGGUUAUGUUUACAGCUAUGGUUGGUGGGUUUGCCAUGCAUGGUAGGGGAGAAGAAGCACUGAAGGUCUUCUUUCAUAUGCUGGACUUGGGUGUCAAGCCAGAUAAUGUCAUUAUUACUGCUGUUUUAUCAGCUUGCAGUCAUGCUGGCCUGGUGAAUGAAGGGUUGAAGAUAUUUUAUUCAAUAGAAGAGAUUCAUGGGGUCAAACCAACAAUGGAACAGUAUGCUUGUGUGGUGGAUCUCCUUGCUAGAGGUGGACGAAUUGAGGAUGCAUUUUCUUUUGUGUCGAGGAUGCCUAUUGAAGCUAAUGCUAACAUAUGGGGAACACUGCUGGGUGCUUGCAGGACUCAUCAUGAGGUGGAAUUGGGCCGUGUUGUGGCAGAUCAUCUAUUUGAAAUUGAAGCUAAUAAUAUUGGGAACUAUGUGGUGAUGUCAAAUCUAUAUGCAGCAGAAGCUAGAUGGGAUGGGGUCAUGGAGGUAAGAAGGAUGAUGAGAACUAGAGACAUAAAAAAGCCAGCGGGAUGCAGCUGGAUAGAGGUGGAGAGGAGGAAGAACCUUUUUAUGGCUGGAGACUGGUCCCAUCCAGAAAGAAGCAUUAUCUACAGUACAUUAAGCGCAUUGGACCAACAAAUGAGAGCCAGUUUAAACAAUACUUUGUCAAUGCCUAGGUUUCUGAAUGCAGAAUCUUUCUGUAGGUUGGCAUUUAGAUUCAGCAUUCUACUUGACUGCUCCAUACAUGAUACUUUUGUUCGGCGGUCAAACCCAAUUUGUUAUGCCAGUUUCAUGCAAGCAUAUGGGGUGCUUUGCUGCUGCUUCAGAAAAAUCUCAAAUCUUGGAUAAGCGUGACUUUCAUUUGACCGAUGGCCCACUUGAGCCGAGCCGAUCAGCUGGCAUCACUUCAUAUGAACUAAAAAACAAGUUAACUUAUGUCGUGUGGAUGUGAGUUCAUUGGUUUGUUCCGUGGUGGUAAAUCUCACUAAGAGCUUACAUGCAGCUCUCACUGAGUCUGGAACAUGGGUAUGAUUCUUACGUCUUUCACCUGCGUAGAUUCUUUUCACCAUUCCAAUGGGAGAAGCAUAGUGUGUGGCUUGUGUACUAAUUCGCCAGUAAUUCCCAUAAUGGCCACAUGCUUACAGAAAGAAGACACAUGUUUAAGAAUUCUUAGGCACGCAUUUAAGGACUCUCUCUCUGUUGAACACUACGCUGAGGUCAAGUUCGUACUACAGACAUGCUCCCUAGAAUGGCCGGCCUAUGCCUAAGAGGGGAAGGCGUUUACCCAGCCAAUAUGUUCUUCAAGGCCCGCUGCCUGCCACCCAGAAAAUACUCAACUGGCAAAGAAGACGCCAAACUUUCUUCCAUGAGGAGUUUGAAUUCAAAUCAUCUUCAUGUAUCUAGAAGAAAAUGGAUCCUCUAAGGUCAGGAAUGAAAACAUUCUAAGGAUUCUCUAUACAUGAUCCGUGGAUCUUUCGGCCUAGGAAUCCUUGUAGAACAUGAAGCCAUCUUUUAUGAGGCAAAUGCUUGGUUGGAGUUUGUUUUGAAUUUGUUCGAGUGGCUUCAAACUGGGAAUGUCAAUACAAAAUAUGCUUCAAACUGGGAAUGUCUCAGCACGCAAGCGAGUCCCCAGAGCCAUACUUCUAAGGACAAGCAUUGUCCUACUUCUACAAGGAUCAUUGCCUCUUAUUUGGGCAAAGGUUCCAAUUGAUGCCAGCAAGGCUGCAGUAUAAAAACUCGAACCUCCAACAUAUAUUCUUUUAACUACUUGCUGGAAAC